UGACUUUUCUCCUUGAGGUUUCUCCUAUUAAUAUUGAUUCCCUACCAAGCUGCCACUUCAUUUUCUCAACCUCCUUAUCAUUAUCUCUCUCUCUCUUUCUCACUCUUCCAAGAAUCCAUUUUCAAAGCCUGUGCUCUUCUGUUGCUGACACAAAAAAACUUGCCACUUUUGAAAAGUUCUCUCUUGAUCUUGCCAGCAUUGCAGCAGGUUUUUUUUUCUUCUUUUCUUUAGUUGGAUAUCCACACAUGGGUAGGCAUUCUUGCUGUUACAAACAGAAGUUAAGAAAAGGGUUGUGGUCACCUGAAGAAGAUGAGAAGUUACUCAAUUAUAUUACUAAGCAUGGACAUGGCUGUUGGAGCUCUGUCCCAAAACUAGCAGGGUUGCAAAGGUGUGGAAAAAGUUGCAGGUUAAGGUGGAUUAAUUACUUAAGGCCUGAUUUGAAGAGAGGAGCAUUUUCACAGCAAGAAGAGAACUUGAUCAUUGAACUCCAUGCAGUUCUUGGCAACAGAUGGUCUCAGAUUGCAGCACAGUUGCCAGGAAGAACUGAUAACGAGAUAAAGAAUUUAUGGAAUUCUUGUAUUAAAAAGAAGCUGAGGCAAAGAGGCAUUGACCCAAAUACUCAUAAACCUCUUUCUGAGGUUGAGAGUGAUAAGGAGAAGCAGAAUUCAAGUUGUAAGAAUAUAGAGAAAUCAUCUCUUGUGUCUAAUGAACUGAACCUGAUUGAAGCAGCAGCAGUAGCAAAUUCAAAACCAUCUACUGCUAUUUCUUCCAGUACAAAGAUGACCUCUAAUAAUGAUAGCAGCAGCAACUUGACACCAACUCCACCAACUCAAGAAUUCUUCUUGGAUAGAUUUGCUAAUGCUACUUCUCAUGAAAGCUCCACAACUACCAGUUGCAGGCCAUCUGAUUUGGUGGGGUAUUUUCCUUUCCAGAAACUGAAUUACAGGCCUAAUAUAAGUCUUUCGUCUGUCAAUCCAGAUUCUACCAUCUGCUUUAAUCCAAAUUCCUCUUCUUCUGAAAUGAUUUCCGAGUUCAAUUCCACACAAAAUAUUCUUCCAUCCAUAUCAAGCUCAAUCUUUCAAACUCCUAUUCGUGUAAAGCCUUCAGUUAGUCUUCCAUCAGAAAAUCAUUCUUGUGAUGUGAAUGGAGUUCAAAGUUGGGAAGCUAGUAGCUUCAGUAACAAUAACGGCAGUAGCAGUAAUGGAAGCACUAGUAGUAUUGAGCUUCAGAACAACAGUUCCUUCUUCGAAAACAACACUUCCUUUUCUUGGGGGCUAGCCGAUUGUGGAAAAUCCAGCCAAGAAGCUCAUCUUCGCUCGCUCGAGAAUGAUGCAGAAGAGAUCAAAUGGUCUGAAUACUUAAGUAGUACUCCAUUUUUUCUUGGAACUGCAAUACAGAACCAAACAUCUCAACCUAUGUACAGCAAUGAAGUUAAACCUGAAACACACUUCAUAACACAAGGGUCGAGCACUAGUUGGCAACAAAAUAAUAAUCAUCAUCAUCAACAAGCUUUACAGCCAUCAGAUAUCUACACAAAGGAUCUGCAAAGACUUGCAGUCGCUUUUGGACAAACUCUUUAGGUUGUGUUUAAUUAACAUGUGCAGAGCCUAAUUCAAUUAAAGUCUUCUUUUUGUUCUUUUUCAGUUUGAGGGACGGAUUGGCAAGAAAAACAAAAGAAAAAAAAAAUGUCCUCUUUCUUCUACAGGUGUGUGCUAUAGAAUUUUUCUUUUGAGUUUUGUAAAUGUGUCUGAUACAAAAACAGUUGAGCCUUUUGUUACUAAAUAUUUGUGAUUUGAGCCAAAUUAUAGACUGUUAUAUGUUAUUUUGGCCAUUAAACACUGUAGCAUUUCUGAAUAAGGCUCAUUCAGAUACGGGUUCUUUUUCUUUUCCAUUCAUAUGGUUUAAUACAAUUAUUUUCUUUUUAA